AAUAUAAUUUGAAUACAUUUCAUUAUUGUCAUAUGGAAAAUUAUCAUAUGAACUGCAAUGCCAACAAGGUACCACUGUAUUACUAAAAAUUCGUGUGGUAAGAUCGACGUGUACAUCGAAAUCUACGAUUGUGAUGAAAUUCUGAGAGAACCGUCCUGGGCCAGUGUGUUCCCUUUACGAAAGACGAGCACAGCUUAACUGAAGUGGAACUGUUGCGGAUUUAUCACAGAUUGGCAGUGCUGCAAUUAGAUAUGCGAUCUCUGUGGAUAGGUUCAUUAUCCACGCUUCGCAUAAUAUUGUUGAUGCAAGGUAUUUCUUCGUCGUCGACUCAGCGAGCACUGGUAAAUCUCGCGCAACCUAGCGCGGAAAUCAAUUCUAAUACUAACUCUGCCACUGAAUCUGUCCCACAAAAGGUAUUCAAGCCCGAAAAGUAUUGGAAGGUGGUUCAACCGGACGAAGCUAUUCCGAGAGGUCUUCAUGUUCGCAUUAACUUGCAAACCGGCAAAAAAGAGGCCAAGCUUCUUGACAGGUCAGAACAGAGGCUACAGAAAAAAAUAUACCCAGAAGAUCUAAAGAUGUACCUGAAGAGCAUGAAAAACGAAGGCGAUAAUCUUAACAUGACGGAGAAAGAGAAAAUUCGUGAUAUGUCAAGUAUUCAGAAGGAAUUUCGGGACUUCGAUCUCAGGCCAGUGAAAUUAGAAAGCCACACAAUUCAAGAAUUGCUUGAAACAUUUAGAAAUGCAUCCUUAUCCUUGGAGGAUAAACAGAACAGUCUAAAAGAGAUGGAGUAUUUACUUCACCAGUAUGACGUGGCCCAGGACUUUGUCAAAAGAGGAGGCGUUCGCGAUCUUUUGAGUGUAUUAGAAGAUCGUACCCUUAGGCCUGAUGCGGCCCUAGCUUUAGGCGCAGCACUUCAAGGUAACCCUGUAGUGCAAGCUGCAGCAUUGAACGCUCGAGGAGUUCAUUCCUUACUGGUUGCGCUGCGUGAUGGUUGUGGCCCACAUUGUUUAUUUGCACUUUCAACCCUACUUCGGCAGUUUCCCAAAGCUCAGAGGAGUUUUCUUCAAGAAGAAGGUGCUACGAUCCUUUCAAAGGUGUUCUCCGAACCCGAUGCAAGUCAAAAACUAAAAGUAAAAGUGGUUACUCUUCUCAGUGAUUUACUGGUCGAAAGAAGUCAGGCAGUGGGAGCAAUGCAGAACGAUUCUCGAAAAACGUCCUAUAGCGAAGUGGAUCUUCUCCCGAGUAUGGUACAGGCUGGCUUCUGUGAGAUGAUUCCGCGGCUGCUGGGGUCAUUCAGCGAAGACGUAAGAGAGAAGGUAUUGCACGCUCUUCACGCACUGGUUGACCAUUGUAAAUUAGAUAAAUUGGUACCCCAUUUGGAAAGUCUACGUAGUCAUUAUCGGUUUCGAAUGUAUGAGGAGAGCACGGAUGUGCCUGACGAGUACUUUGAGGGCCUUUACAAACUGGCGGACGACCUUGUCAAACACAUCACUGAUGUCAAUCACACUCAUGGCGAACUGUAGUAACCAAACAACGGACGGAUCUCAAGCUGCAGUAUUAAGGCUUGCGCGCAGACUAGAACAUACAUCACCACUACGCGUCCCGGUCGUUCGGGCAACGUCCCGAAACUUCUCGAGCGUUGGACUUCGGCUUUCAGAAGAAGCGCUCUUCACACUGGUGCCGUUCUUCAACGUCCCUAAGCUGAUAGUAACAGCCUGUUCCCAAAAUCGCUGUUUAUCCUUAGUAGAACGCGGCGACGUACUCUGUAAUUGUGAUAAUAACUACGGUUUAGAUAUUCCGCACCUAUGUUUUCCAUAACGCAUCUGUGAAGUACAAUAUUACCGUAUGAUUGGUACAAUAAAGGAGAACUGAACUUUAGCUAUAUAUAUGAAAGCGGUACAUAAGGAUUAGGCUUUAAUAACGAACAUGUCGAAUAGAAAUAGCGACCCUUCUAAAAGGAUGCACCGAUAUUUGGAGCACCUGUGGGAACACGGAUUGCGUAAUUCAGAUCAUACCGUACAUCGGCAAUGUCCUGAUCAGACAGUAAGGAUGUUCUAGCCAAUGCCAUUGGUGAUCCACGAACGUGCGGCCGAAAGUAUUAGACUAGUUUGCAUCAAUAACGAACUAUGAUAUUUCUAGAACAUAUAAGUAUGCGGCUAUUCUGCCUAAUACAGCAUUUAGACAAAUUGCGAAAGCUCCGUUGAACUGAGCUCUGUUGCGUGCGGUUGUAGGUCUAUCUGCCAGAUUGUUAACAUGAAGGAGUUUGAAGGUCUGAUCGUAAAUGCUACAAGGCGCAGCAAGAACUCAUGGAGCGUGACGGUGACGCAACAGUCCUUUUGCGUCACCCGUUAUUGGGCAUAUAAGUUAAUAACGCAGCUUCCACCUGAAUGAUCACGUUUUGCUUAAAAACUACAAUAUUGUUUUAGGUAUUGGAACAAAUAAUUGGUGAAAUCUUCUUCCUCAUAUACACAAAAUGUUGUCAACUUAUCGAUUUAUAGAAGCAUUAGGGUGCUGUGUUAAUUUUUGUUGGCUUCAAACAUUAUUACUAUCGUUAUUAUUCCUUCAGGAACUUCUUAAUCAUUCUGCAAAUUAUGCCUAUAGAUACUCUCUAAAAUCGGUUACAUGCAUAGUUGCAUAGUAUUUCUUGAAAAGGAUAGUUAUACGUAAGCGCUUAUUUAAGCGUAAGAAUAUAAUAUUUUGCGAUAACGAAUAUGGAUGGUCUCACAACCUCUGCAGUGGCUGGUGGAAGUCUUAAGUUGUUGCCGGUCACGAGCUUUUGUGAUUCGUUUAGGGGAA